CUCACGCGGAAAUAGAGAAAAAUGGCGGGCGUUCAAAGAAAGCUGUUACUCUAAAAAAGGGGAAAAUAGAUACAUAUAUAGAUACUAUAAUGUAACUUACUAUAAUAUAAAAACAUUAUAAACGGGCAAUCCCCAGUCCGAGGACGUGAACAGUACCGACUUGAAGGUCACGUGUUGUCAUCUCGGAAUUACGGUAAUUACGGGAUGGCGUGAAGGCAGCAAUUUUCGAUUUAUCAUGUGAUAUUAUGGCAGCACCAGACAGGGUCAUGGAUAUCAGGAUGCAACGAGAGGAGGCAUCAGCUCAGGAAGUGUUCAGCUAUGCCCAGAUGUCCACCCUGGAGCGAAACAGUGGGGUAGGAACGCUGAGUCGGCAUCUGGAGCGGGAGAGGUUGGAGAGAGACAGCUACACGGUGGAUGUCAGGGCCAGUGACCUGCAGUUGGAUCAGCCUGGGCCAUUACAUCCCUGCUUUAGCUACAGAGUCUGGCUUUACAGCGUCGUUAUAGGGAGCAGCUUGCUGAUAGCAUCAACUUUCUCCCUCUACAUGGGUAACGUGUUUCCAGGUGCAAUGGAUUACCUGCGUUGUACUGCUGGAUCGAGUAUACCAGCUGCAGUGGUGAGCUUCGCUAUUGCCAAGAACAGACAAGUUGCAGUUUCAGACUUUCAAAUGGUCUAUGUGUCAUCCUUUGCUGUGACAACGACGUGUCUGGUGUGGUUCGGAUGUAAACUCGCCAUUAGUCCCUCAGCCAUCAAUAUUAACUUUAACCUGCUCCUGCUUAUUGUGCUGGAAGUGCUCACGGCCAGUACUGUUAUCCUGUCAGCACGCUCAGUGGACGACUGCUGCAGUCAUGCAAAGCCAGUGUCUGAUGGCCCUGUGGUUGUGACCCCAGCUUCGUUCCCCUCUCGUCUUCUCAAGGCUUACGCCGUAAUUGAGGUUAUAGUGGGCAUCUCCGCUGUAUUUGGAGGAAUUAUUGCUCUGAAUUUGGGUGCUCUCCUCCCAGAGCCAUAUCUUUCUGUCACUUUCUUCUGGAUUCUGGUAGCUUGUUUCCCCAGUGCCAUUGCCAGCCAUGUGGUGGCAGAAUAUCCCAGCAAGAGUCUGGUGGAAAUGCUGAUUGCUAUAAGUAGUGUGACCUCACCACUGCUUUUCUCAGCUUCUGGAUUUUUGUCCAACAGCGUGAUUAAUUUUAUUGAGAUCUUUCUGCAUGAAGUGCCAUUAGCAAAGCAGUCGUAUGACAUACUGCUGCUUGUCCUGAUGGGGCUGCUGCUGGUGCAGGCGGUAUUAACAUUAGCCACCAUAGUAAAGUGUGCUUCCUACAAGAGCCAGCUGCGCACUGAAUGGGACACACUACACAAAAAACACUCUGAGCAACAAACGUUAAAUGGCACACUAAGGGAUUUUGACAGAGAGAAGGCAUGGAAAGCAGUGGUGGUCCAAAUGGCCCAGUGACCAAAGAUACAGCCAUCAGAAGGAAAAAACAGAGAGAAAGAAAGUGAAGGUACAAAUAAGGAGUAUGAUAAUGUCAGUUGGAAAAGAAUCAUUAUGAAACUUCUGUCAUAGUUGUCAGCUGACCUGUCAUAUUAAUGAACAGUACACUACCGUUCAAAAUUUUGGGGCUAAGAUAUACAUAUAUAUAUAUAUAUAUAUAUAUAUAUAUAUAUUUUUUUUUUUUUUUUUUUAAAGAAAAUAAUACUGUUAUUUAGCAAAGAUGCACGAAAUUGAUCAAAAGUGAAACAAAGACUUUCAAUAUAUUAUACAAAAAAUAUUAAGCAGCACAACUGUUUGCAACAUUGAUAAUAAUAAGAAAUGUUUCUUGAGCAGCAAAUCAGAAUAUUAGAAUGAUUUCUGAAGGAUCACGUGACACUGAAGACUGGACUAAUGAUGCUGAAAAUUCAACUUUGUCAGCACAGGAAUAAAUUACAUUUUAAAAUAUAUUAAAAUACAAAACUGUUAUUUUAAACUGUAAUAACAUUUCAUAAUAUUGCUGUUUUUACUCAAAUAGAUGCAGCUUUGCUGAGAAUGAGAGUUCUUUCAAAUAUAUUUUUAAGUCAUACCGACCCCAGACUUUUGAACGUUAGAGUGUAUGUCUGUCAAAGAUAUUACUGAAUGACAAUUUAGUAAUAAAACGUACCAACAAGUCAAAAUGUGUGGUUGGCUUUGAAAGUCUUUUGUAAAGAUCCUUAAACUUGUGUCACAAUCAUGAAUAUAGCCUACCAUACUAGUUGAAAUUAGAAUCAUAUGUGAUGAGCGAAUGGCUGAGCAAAUUUAUAUGCAAAUAAAUGUUGAACACACCAUGCAUGUACAAUCUACAGCACUUGUAAUGCAUUAUCUAGAAAACCCACAUGUCAGAAGCUGGAAGAGUAGGGGACCUAAUAUAUGAUGCUUUCAAUAAUUCUAACACACUUUAAUGGACCAUAUUACUGUUCAGUGCCUUGCUGCAUGCAACCAUUUUUACGUUGUUAGAUUUUAUUUUUGUAUAAAUAUAUGCAUCUUGUGAUGUUAUUGUAGAUCAAUA